AGGCUCGCGCAGUAGUCUCAGUGGGUGAUGUUUGGUGAAGAUCUCACGCGCGUUUGCUCGAGCACCCUCACACUGCGAGACAAGCAGCACGCUGAUAAACACACUCGACUUUAAUGCUCUGCGACACAAACUGAACGCAAUCUGCGCCGAAUCUGAAAGAGAUAUUUCAGAAACAAGUCGGGCAAGCGAUUUUUGGAGUUAUUGUAUAAGUUAUGUCAUUUUCCUGGACCAUCGCAACAGCUUCAAAAUGAACCCUCAUUGCGCACGCUGUGGGAAAAUUGUCUACGCAACAGAGAAGGUGAACUGUCUGGACAAGUAUUGGCACAAAGGAUGCUUCCAUUGUGAGGUGUGUAAAAUGACUCUCAACAUGAAUAACUACAAGGGAUACGAGAAGAAGCCCUACUGCAACGCGCACUACCCAAAACAGACCUUUACAAUUGUGACAGACACCCCCGAGAACCUUCGGCUGAAACAGCAAAGUGAGCUCCAAAGUCAGGUCAAGUACAAGCAGGAUUUUGAACAAAGCAAGGGUCGAGGCCACAAAUUUGUCCUGGACACACCAGAGCUACAGAGACUGAGGAAGGCCCAGGAUCAGAUUAGUAAUGCGAAGUAUCAUAAAGACUUUGAGAUGUCUGGUUUGCAUGGGGUCACUCAGGGAACGCAAGGGCCGUACCUGGUGCACGCUCAGAUGAGACCUAACCACGAGACAGCAGGGAACGGCACACACAAGGGCGUUCAUCAGUAUAUCAUGGAGAUGGAUCGAAGACCUGGCGUCAUUGUGGCACCUGUACUUCCCGGUGCAUUCUAUCCCAGCAGUCACACCCAUGGCACGCACAGCUACAUGCAUCAAACCAGAAUGCAUUCACUGAAGUCAAGGUCACAACAUAUGAGCAUGACUGUAUACAGGGCCAUGUAUGACUACACAGCACAGGAUUACGAUGAGGUGUCUUUCCGUGAUGGUGACAUCAUUCACAACGUGCAGUCAAUCGAUGAGGGCUGGAUGUACGGAACGGUACAGCGGACAGGGCGAUCGGGAAUGCUGCCAGCCAACUAUGUGGAGGGCAUUCGCUAGGUGUCAAUAUACCUCGUACCCGCUGAGCCACAAAUGAAACGCUUGCAGCUUCAUUGUUUAUAGGUAAAAAAUGCUUGUAAAUGGUCGCAGGUAGAUAUCUAUAUUUUAAUAGUGCUUGUCGUAACAUUUUGUACGUGUUUAUAUGUCUCUCAUUUUGUAACACUUGCAGUUACAGCAAUGUAUAAGUGAAUGUAUGUAAUUCAAUGAAUAGUUUUGUACCAGUUUGGUAUUUACUUUGAAAUGGCUGUUAAAGGGAUAGUUCACCCAAAAAUGAAAAUUCUGUCAUUUAUUUAUCCUCUUGUCUUCUGAAACCUGUAUGUCUCUUUUCUGCAGAACACAAUAGAAGAUGUCUUGAAGAAUGUUGGCAAACCAAAAAAUAUUGGUCCUGUUGUAUGGACACAAAACCAAUGCAAGUCAUAAUUUUUCUGUUACCAACAUUCUUUAAAAUAUCUUUUGUGUUUUCCAGAAGAAAAACUCAUACAGUUUUGAAAUGACAAGAGGGUGAGUAAACGAUGACAGAUUUUUCAUUUUUGGGCGAACUAUCCCUUUAAAUACAACAGAAUGUAAAAGAUGUCUAGAGAAUUGUAAAGAGAAUUCUUACUUCAUCAAGUAUGAAAAACAUUUUUACUUGCAUGUUUUUGUUGCCAUGAAAAACAUGAAUAAUGUUGCUGUUCUACACAAUGUGUAUUAAAUAUACCACUAUAACAAUGUUGAGGAAACAUUAAAUAUCUCUUUUGCUCCCUCCA